AUGAAUUUGAUACUCAGUAGGAGGAUUGGGUUUGAGGAGGGCAAUCAAUGCUUCAGAAGAGCUUUAUACCACUGGGAAGGUAAGGAUUUGAAGAGGUUAUAUGACAUGGUUUACAAUACACCUGCUCUUAGGGUAGGGACAUCUGAUAGGUUGAGAUGGGUUGUUGAUGUAUCAGGGCUCUUUUCUGUUGCCUCUGUUUAUAAGAGGUAUGAGUUGAGUCCUGUUAGUAAUAGUAGAAUAGCAGAUUUCAUUUGGAAGAAUGUCUCUCCACCCAAAGUUCACUUCUUUGGUUGGUUAGCUUGGAAAUGUAGGAUUAAGACUUCUACCUAUCUCCACAGAAUUGAAGUUCUCAGUAGUGGUGCUGAUCUUAGAUGUAUUUUCUGUAAAUGUAAGGUGGAGAGUGUUAAUCAUGUGUUAUUAUUUUGCCUCUUUAUAUGGAGGAUUUGGUCUAGGAUUUUACACUGGUGGGGUAUACAGUGGGUAAUACCUGGGUUUGUCAAUGGUCUGUUAAACUGGUGCACUGGUAUUAAGCUCAAAAAACAUGAGAAGAUGAUUUGGAGAGCAAUUCCCCUGGCAGUGCUUUGGUCGAUCUGGAAACAGAGAAAUGAUAGUAUUUUUGACAAUGCUCAGGUGGAUCUUGAUGGGUUGUGUGAAUUUAUCAAGGUUAGAAUUGCUUUGUGGGUUAAAUUUUCUUGCCAUUCUAUCAAGUACUCUGUUAAUAACUUAGUUCAUAACCUUCAGCAAGUUAGAGUCUGCAUUAGGAGUGGGUCUUGA